AUGGCGUCCAGCAGUAUUGAUCCGGAGAUGCAGCCAGCUGUUGACCUAGCUCCAAUGGGCCAUGGUAAGACCGAAGUGCCGAACACCGAUAACGUUAUACAUGUAGAGCACGAUGAAGAAGGUAGCAUGAAGCAUGUUGAUGCCGAUUCAACACCUGUAUCUGCUCGUGAGCAUGCUUUUGCAGAACUCGGAAUCCCAGAUUGGGAAGAGUUAGAGAAGAAGGUUGUUCGCCGGCUGGACAUGACCCUGUUGCCUACACUCUGGCUUCUUUAUGUCUUUAACUACCUUGACAGAGCUUCUCUUGGACAAGCUCGCCUGAGUACUCUUGAUGAGGACCUGAAACUAGAGGGAACGCAGUUUGGUUCUGCUGUGUCUAUCCUGAGUGCUGGCUAUGUUCUUGGUCAGGUUCCUUCGAACAUGAUCAUCGGAAAGAUCCGACCUAGUCUAUACCUCCCUGGUAUGGCCAUUCUAUGGUCUGGUGUUUCUGCUGCAAUUGCUGGUGUCAAGACUUACGAGGGUCUGUUGGCCGUUCGUUUCUUCCUUGGUUUGGUUGAAGCGCCCCUCUUCCCUGGAGCUAUCUACGUCAUGUCGAGCUGGUACACACGCCGAGAAAUUGCGGUCCGCAUUGCAAUUAUGUCUACUGGAGUCUCUCUGGCCAACGGGCUAUCGGGUCUCAUCGCCGCAGCUGUCUUCACUACACUUGAGGGUGCACGUGGUGUCGCCGGUUGGCAAUGGCUUUUUAUUGUGUUGGCUUUGUUCGGAUCAACAUUUGCCUUCGCUGCCGUAUUCCUGCUCCCUGACUACCCUCAAUCAAAGAGUGGAAGUGCCAUGUGGAGUAUGACUGAAGACAUGCGCAAGGUUGCCCAAGUCCGGAUCAUCGCUGACAGAGUCUCCGAGGUCGAGAUUAAGUCUACUAUCUGGACUGGUGUCAAGCUUACUGUCAUCGACUACAAAUUUUGGCUUCUAACCGGUGUUAACAUCGCCAUCUCCGCUGCUUACGGCUUCUCCAACUUCUAUCCAGCUAUUGUCCGUGGUUUGGGCUAUGACAGGAUCAUGGCACUUCUUCUCACUUUCCCACCAUACUGUGUCGCGGCUGCCACUUCGAUUGCUGUCGCCUGGAACUCUGAUCGUGUUGGAGAGCGUGGAUGGCAUUUCUCGAUUCCAAUUGCCGUUGGUCUCGCAGGCUAUGUCAUUUGCAUGAUUACAACGGCCACUGUUCCUCGGUACUCAGCGUCAUAUCUGUUUAUCGGAGGCCUGUUUGGUGCCAACCCUCUGAUCCAGACGUGGUUGUCUACCACACUGGCCCGCACUCCGGAGAAGAAGGCUGUGUCUGUAGCGCUUUGCAACGUUCUCAGCCAGAUUGGCAACGUUAUAGCGCCUUUCUUCUUCGUUGACUCGGAUGAGCCGCGGUACCGCCUGGCAUUUAUUCUGAUGUUCCUCAUGGGUAGCCUUUGUAUUACCUGUGCUUUGACCCUCAAAUACUGCCUCUGGAGGGAGAACAAGAGACUGUACCGCGAGGCACAGGAGAAUGGAACUCCUUACAUGCCAUAUUUACAGUAG